CAUCUUGAAACGGGAAUUAUAUUAAUAGUGAUUCGUAACUCUUCUAUUUAUUUUAAUAAAAAAAUUGUUUCAAGAACCUAUAAAUUCUAAGUUUUUUCGUAAAUCCAAAUCCAUCCAAGCAUCUAAAAGUCUAGAUCGAGCAAAACCAAAAAAGAGAAAAUAAGUCUAAAAAGGACUAAUAAAGAAAAUGGGAAGCAAAACCAUUGUCUCAAUGAUCUUGGUUGUAUGCCUUUGUGCUGCUUUUUUUGUCGCUCAAGGAGUAGCUCAAGUGCAACUGCCUUCAUUGAGUCCCGGGCUUUUCCCUCCCGGUUCACCUAUUGAUCUGGUAAAAUGUUGGUCGUCUCUUUUUAACGUUCAAGGAUGUGUGCUCGAGAUCUCCAAAUCAAUUUUCUCUGGCAAGUUUGAAAACGUUGAAGGUGCAUGUUGCAAAGCGUUUUCGACUUUAGACGCAAAUUGUUGGCCUCACAUGUUUCCGUUGAAUCCUUUCUUCCCACCUCUCCUCAAGGACAAUUGUGCACGCAUCAACUCCAACUCACCCACACACAAUUGAAAGCAAGAAUGGUUCUUAGUCUCUACACGUAUAGUUUAGCCGUUGCCGUUGGCCUCGAAGUCUAAUAAGUUUAAAUAUUAUUUUAUUUUGCUGGCGAAGUGUGACGUCAU